AUGCCGUCGCUCGGAUUCCUCAAGAAGAAGCGCACCAAGGACUCUUCGCAGGGCUCCGAAGGACCUACAUCACCGACCUUAGACAAAGGCGGAUCGCCAAUCACGCCCACGCUCAGCAAGACUAGUAACCUCUUCGCCGAGCCUGAGCAGCAUACACAGCAAACGCAACCUGCGCAAGUGGCCGACACGCCUCAGCAGACCUCGACAGCUGUCCCGCAUCCCUCCAAAGACCAAAGCAUGGGCACACAAGUGCAACCCAGCAUACAAAAUCUCAUCAAUCAGCCCGGCUACACCGCCUCGCAACAUGACUCCGCCUACUCGCAGCAUAACAUGAGCGAUGCCAAGGUGCCGCAGAUCAACGCGCCUGCGCCCAAGCCCACCAUCAACCCAUUGCGAGAGACCAAGGGCAAAUACACUCUCGCCGAUUUCCAGAUAUCACGAACAUUGGGCACGGGAUCGUUCGGAAGGGUUCAUCUCGUGCAGAGCAAGCACAAUCAACGUUUCUAUGCCGUGAAGGUGCUGAAAAAGGCGCAAGUUGUCAAGAUGAAGCAGGUGGAGCACACAAACGACGAGCGCAAAAUGCUGCAAAGGUGUAGACAUCCCUUCCUGAUCACUCUCUGGGGCACAUGGCAGGAUUCCAAGAACCUGUACAUGGUCAUGGACUUUAUCGAAGGUGGAGAGCUAUUCAGUCUAUUGAGGAAGUCUCAGCGCUUCCCGAACCCGGUUGCCAAGUUCUAUGCCGCCGAGGUGACACUUGCACUUGAUUAUCUGCAUAGCAUGAACAUCAUCUAUCGCGAUCUCAAGCCCGAGAACCUACUUCUGGAUCGACACGGGCACAUCAAGAUCACCGACUUCGGCUUCGCGAAAGAGGUUCCCGAUAUCACAUGGACGCUGUGCGGCACGCCCGACUAUCUGGCACCAGAAGUUGUGAGCAGCAAAGGCUAUAACAAAAGUGUUGAUUGGUGGAGUCUUGGCAUCCUGAUCUUCGAAAUGUUGGCAGGUUUCACGCCAUUCUGGGAUUCAGGUUCACCGCUAAAGAUCUACGAAAACAUUCUCAAAGGCCGGGUCAAGUAUCCACCUUACAUCCAUCCGGAUGCGCAGGACCUGCUUUCCAAGCUUAUCACAGCCGAUUUGACGAAGCGAUUGGGCAAUUUACAUGGCGGCAGCAGAGAUGUCAUGAACCAUGCGUGGUUUGCCGAAGUCACUUGGGAGAGACUAUCGAAGAAGGACAUUGAUGCGCCCUACGUGCCACCUGUGAGAGGAGGCGCUGGUGAUGCUUCUCUAUUCGACAAGUACCCGGAGGAAACCGAAGCCUACGGGCAGACUGGUGAAGAUCCACAUGGAAAGAUGUUUCCAGACUUCUAGAUGUGCGGCCGACGCGAAUGAUGGUUCGGCCCACCCUUGGCACUUGGAUAGCUUUACGAAGCCUCAACUCGACCACCGCUUUACAGCACUGCUGCUGAUCUGCAUCGCUCCCCGAAAGCAUUCCGGCAGCAGGUACAUCGAUCUGGUGACCAACCACAGAAGAAGCGCCCACAGCGUUGUCCGGCACGACAACAGCUUCUUAGCACAAACGAGACACCAGGCACCGGCGCGACCCUGGUCGUUUAAUACGCAUAAAUGAUUCAAAAGAAGAGCUUUCAAAACGGCGCCAUUGGCUGGUUCUUUUUUCCGGCGUGAGAAAACAUCACGUGUGCAGGCAGGGUGUUUGCAUAUUGCUUCAGGUUAUUCAUUGGGAUGAAAUGUAGUGUAUCACAAGGUGUGGAGGGCACCGUAUUAUGGUAACCUAGAACCUGAGACGAGAUGCCGAAUUGAAUAAGUCGAGAGUAGCGGCCUCCUGGCAGUCACGUACAGUUGUUUGGAUGUUUGGCUGUCGCUGGUCCUGGAUAUGUCAAGACAGGAGCAACGUGUUCUGUCCGUCUCUGCAACUAUUGGCAAGCAGACAAAGCAACAAAGAGCGAGGUGGCUGCCAUUGGAACCUUAAGAUGACCAUAUUGCGCGUGGUUGUAUAUGCCAUAGACCGCGAUCCUGACAUGAAAUACAAGACUGCCUGACUUG